AUGGCGUCCUCGGGCAGCGCCAUCCAAAUCCCGACCCGCCUGCCGCUGCUGCUGACGCCCGAAGCCGUGCUGCUGCCGGGCUCCACCAUGCGCGCCAGCGUGGACUCUCCGCGGAACAUGCAGCUGGUGCGGAGCCGGCUGCUGAAGGGCACGUCGCUCAAGAGCACCAUCCUCGGCGUCAUUCCCGACACGAAGGACCCGGGCAGCGACCUCGACGCGCUGCCGCCGCUCCACAGGAUUGGCACAGCUGCACUGGCAGUUCAAGUGGUCGGCAGCAACUGGCCCAAGCCCCAUUAUACGUUGCUAUUAACGGGCCUCUGCAGGUUCCAGAUUUUGCAGCUGGUGAAGGAAAAACCUUAUCCCGUUGCGGACGUUGAACAGUUGGAUCGGCUAGAACAAUUUACUAACAAGUCUGAAGAGGAGCUGGGAGAGUUGCCGGAGCAAUUCUAUAAAUAUGCAGUGCAGCUGGUUGAGAUGUUGGAUAUGUCCAUCCCGGCGGUGGCAAAACUGAGACGCUUGUUGGACAAUCUACCCAGAGAAGCUCUACCAGAUAUAGUCACCUCGAUCAUCCGUACCAGCAACCGGGAGAAACUUCAGAUCCUGGAUACUAUUGGUUUAGAAGAACGGUUCAAAAUGACCAUACCGUUGCUCGUUAGACAGAUUGAAGGUUUGAAGCUUCUGCAGAAGACCAGAAAACACAAGCAGGACGAUGACAAAAGGAUCGUAGCAAUACGUCCUAUGCGGCGGAUUGGCCACAUUCCAGGUGCCAUGGAAGAUGAGGAGGAGGAUGAAGACCACGAUGAUAUUAUUAUUCUUGAAAAAAAUAUCCGAGCCUCUCGCAUGCCUGAGCCAGCUCUCAAAGUCUGCCUCAAGGAAGUUAAAAGGUUAAAGAAGAUGCCUCAAUCCAUGCCGGAAUAUGCCUUGACCCGGAAUUAUUUGGAACUGAUGGUGGAAUUACCUUGGAGCAAGAAUACAAAAGAUUGCCUGGAUAUCCGUGCCGCCAGGAUUCUUCUGGAUAACGAUCAUUACGCCAUGGAGAAACUGAAGAAGCGGGUGUUGGAGUAUUUGGCAGUCAGGCAGCUCAAGAACAAUUUAAAGGGGCCCAUCCUGUGCUUCGUGGGACCCCCCGGAGUUGGGAAAACAAGCGUGGGCCGAUCGGUGGCAAAGACUUUGGGCAGAGAGUUCCACCGGAUCGCCUUAGGCGGCGUCUGUGACCAGUCUGACAUCCGAGGUCACAGGCGCACGUAUGUUGGCAGCAUGCCCGGCCGUAUCAUCAAUGGCUUGAAGACUGUUGGGGUCAACAAUCCAGUCUUUCUCCUAGAUGAGGUGGACAAGCUUGGAAAAAGCCUGCAAGGGGAUCCUGCAGCUGCAUUGCUUGAGGUCUUGGAUCCUGAGCAAAACCAUAACUUCACAGACCAUUACUUAAACGUAGCGUUUGAUCUGUCUCAAGUCCUCUUCAUAGCCACCGCUAACACUACUGCCACCAUCCCAGCUGCUUUGUUGGACAGAAUGGAGAUCAUCCAGGUUCCAGGAUACACCCAAGAGGAAAAGAUAGAAAUUGCGCAUCGGCAUUUGAUUCCGAAACAGCUGGAACAGCACGGGCUGACUCCUCAGCAGAUUCAGAUUCCCCAAGAAGCAACCCUGCUGAUUAUCACCCGCUACACCCGAGAAGCUGGAGUCCGCUCCCUGGAUCGUAAACUUGGAGCCAUUUGCCGGGCAGUCGCUGUCAAAGUGGCCGAAAGCCAGCACAAGGAGACGAAGCCAGAUCGCUCGGAAGGCACAGAAGGAGACUGGAAAGAACAUAUCACAGAAGAUCCAAAAUCUGAAACCCUCCAUGACGCCUCUGACCUAGCUCUGCCCCCGGAAAUGCCCAUUUUGAUUGACUUCCAUGCCUUGAAGGACAUCCUGGGCCCACCGAUGUAUGAACUCGAGGUGUCGGAGCGGCUGAAUCAACCAGGCGUAGCCAUUGGCUUGGCUUGGACGCCCUUAGGCGGAGAGAUCAUGUUUGUGGAAGCCAGUCGGAUGGAUGGGGAAGGCCAGUUGACCUUGACCGGACAGUUGGGGGACGUCAUGAAGGAAUCGGCCCAUCUCGCCAUCAGCUGGCUGCGGAGCAACGCAAAGAGAUACCAGCUGACCAACGCUUCUGGAAGUUUUGAUCUCCUUGACAACACAGACAUCCAUCUGCACUUCCCAGCUGGAGCUGUCACAAAAGAUGGACCAUCUGCAGGCGUCACCAUAGUAACCUGCCUUGCCUCCCUCUUCAGUGGGCGGCUGGUGCGUUCAGAUGUAGCCAUGACUGGGGAAAUUACACUAAGAGGGCUUGUUCUUCCAGUCGGCGGAAUAAAAGACAAAGUUCUAGCCGUGCACAGAGCUGGCCUGAAGAGGGUCAUCAUUCCUCAAAGGAAUGAAAAGGACCUUGAAGAAAUCCCAGCCAACGUACGGCAGGAUCUCAAUUUUGUGAUGGCCAGCACCCUGGAUGACGUCCUCAACGCAGCUUUUGAUGGGGGAUUUUCCACAAAGGCCAGACUUGAUCACUUGAAUAGCAAACUCUAAGCCAGUGGGGAUGGAGUUGACCAAAAGAUCGAAAUAUAAGCCCAGUGCUAACCUCGUAGCCGGUAAACGCAAGUGUGAAUUAAGGGGGGGCAAAAUAGCAGGCUACCUGACAUUAGGGUUUAUUUUAUGCUUCUUCUUUUUUUUAAGAAGGAAAGGAUUAUUUUUAAGGGAACAGUGACAACUCUUGCUGCGGCUGCUGCUUCCGAUUGGCCCUACACUGCAUUAGUGGGGAUAAUUCUCCAGAGAUAGAUCUGAAUGCUUAAAAACUCUUAAUGAUGAUUAUUUCCCAAUGCUAUUAAGAGAUAGAUUUACACGUGGACAGAAGAGCGGUAGCUAAGCACAUGAGCCUUUGUGAAAGCUUUUUUUUCUUCCCCGUUAAAUUCAGUGAAUGAAUUUAGAGAAUCUUUUCCUUUUUUUUUUGGGCUGGAAUGUCACAGUUCUAGUCAAAUUACCCUUGUUGCCAGGCAGAGCUUUCUCCUUUCUCAAGCAUAAUCUUGAGAGGCGGCCCUCCCUCCAGCUGUAGUGCCAAUGCAGGCAAAAUAUACUCAAGUCUGAAUGUGCAAAAACUGACCGGCCAAUGCCAAACAUCCCGGAUUAGACGGUGGCUCACGAGGCCACCAGGAAGCAUUAAAUUCUUUGCAGUGGUGUCUGAAUGGAAUUCUUAGUUCCUGCCUCGGCUGCUGCUUCUAAACUCCUGAAAAUUAACAAUAGUGGUUGAGCAAAGAAGCCGUUGGUUUCUUUCAGGUAAACGGUGCUAUUUAAUGCUUCCUUGAAAUUUUAAUUUUCUCAACAUACACAGUGGUUUGUUUACCAAAGUUCAGGUGCAUUAGAAAUUUGCAAGAAUUUUGCAACAACUUCCUUUCCGUGAUUGUUGAAAAGAUUCCCUUGUGGGUCCAGCCACACGUCCCAGGACAGGGCACGGAGCCACAGCAUGUUUAGCUCCUUAGAUGCUUUUAACCUUCUCGGCGCAGAUAACUUAAACUGUCUUGAAACGGUGGUUGAUUGAUACAGGCACUAGUGAAAACAGGUCUUUUUCUUGAAUUAGCAGCUCUUCUGUAAAAUGUGACACAGAGAAGAGUAAAACUCUUCUUUGUAAUGCACCAGCAAACGUAUCGUUGAAUCUUAUGAGCAAAUGCAGCCUUCCAAUGUGAACAUUUGAUUUUGACCUCAUUUUUAUUGAAUAACUGUAUUUUUUUUUCAUGGAGAAACUCUAUAUAGCUACUGAAAGUUGACAUUG